CAGGACACGACAGCACUCAUGUCGACCCUGACCGUCUACGGCCAAGCGACGUUCGAGAGCUCGCUCUCCGUGGCAGAUUCUGCUCACCUCGGGUACAAGCUCUCCGUAGCGAGCGACACGGUCCUUGCAGACACGCUCUCCGUCAGCGACACGGUGAGACUCGGCAGCACCCUCUCCGUCACGAACGAGGUGCGGUUAGGAGACAAGCUGUCCGUCCAGAAGAUUGUGCUCUUCGGAAGCGCGAUGUCCGUCGAAGAGACGGCCUUCUUGGGGAGCUCCAUGCCUCUUCAAUCCUUUGCUCGACUGGGAAGCGCUUUGCUUGCGUUUGGUGUAGCCCGUUUCGCCUUCUCACUCGCAGUCAAGGACUUCGUCUACCUGGCGAGCUCGCUCCCCGUAACUAGCUUCGCAAAACCGGGGCCCACUACGUCGAGUUACGACCAGACCCGCCUUGGCCCCUCGACGCCGGCGCUGGACCUCGUCAACACUGGCAGCCCGUCACCGACUGGCAGCCCCGGCAGACCUGGCCCCUCGAUUCCCGCGUACGGCCUGUGCCGUCCAGGCAGCUCCCCGCCAGCUCCCGACCCUCUUCAGUUGAACUCGCCGACUCCCUCGCAGACGUCCACCUGAACGGGCCCAGCGCUGCCCGCGUACGGGUGCUCGCGCUCGGGCAGGACCGCCUCGCCUGUUUCUGCCG